AUGGAACGACUCAAGGGGAAACGAACUGCACUGCGAACACAAGUGACCAAUCUCCUUUCUGAAAUUGAUUCGUACAUCGAAAGCAACGAGAAAAACGAAAAGAACCUCAGCAUCUCCUCCGCAAGGCUUGGCGCCCUCCAAGCACAACUGAACGAGGUGGACGCCGCCAUCGAGCCACUAGUGCCGGAAGGAGAAGCCGAGCAGAACUUUGUGCGAACAAUUGAAUACAAUGAUCGGGUCGUCACCUGCAUUGCAACACUUCAAGAAGAGUUGAAGGAAGUCCGAGCAGGUGCACCACGAAAUUUGGAUUCAUCGCCGAUGAACAACAACGGAAACGCGACAACGACUGCCUGCCGAGUGAAGCUCCCGAAGCUCGAGCUACACAAGUUCGACGACAAAAGCAUCUCUUGGCAAGAGUUCUGGGAGCAGUUCGAGCAAGUAAUACACACCAACGACCAGCCAACGACUUUGGACAAGUUCGGGUACCUCAGGGCUGCGGUGACCGGAGAAGCGUCAGGUGACAUCAGGGGUUUGCCUCCCACAUCACGGUGCUACGAGGACGCCGUGCUUCUGCUGAAGAAACGCUUCGGAAAUGAGGACGUCCUCGUUCAAACACACAUGCGGAAGCUCCUAGAUCUACAACCACAUGCACUGCCAAAGGAAAUUCUGCUGGAUUUUAACAGAACGAUCGUGAAGGAGCAGGCAUCGGACGUGUCGACGCUGGACGCUUCAGCCGGAGGGAUGUCCACCAGAUCCGAGGACUCUCAGGAACGACCGACGGAGACAAGCACCACUGAACGAGGUAUCGUGACACUAUUCUCACGACUGCUUGCCUUUUUGAGAGUUGAAGUCCAGAUCCGCGAGAACCUAGCUGCACAACAAGCUAUGGACACGAGGCAACAGCCGCGUGGAUUCAGUUCAGAGAAGAAAAACGAGAAAAAGAGAAGUCCCAGAGAACGCUACCAAUCCUCCGCAGCAUUACUGCAUCAAUCAACGAAACUUAAUAGCUGUUUCUUCUGCAACGAAAAAAACCACGCGACAGCUGCCUGCCCUGCUGACAUUUCAAUCGAAGAGAAGAAAAGACUGCUGCGCUUGGAGAGACGAUGCUUCCGUUGCACGAAACCCAAUCACCGCUCGAAUGAAUGCAGAAGCAGCAUGCAAUGCACGAAGUGUUCGAGACGGCAUGCGACAACGAUAUGCGACCCAGACUACACGCCAACCAAGGUAGAAGCAAACCAAAACGCGAUAACGAGCGCUCCAGUGAAUCUGGAAUCUGACACAAGCGGAGCUGCCGGGCCAGCUGUCCUCCUCCAGACUGCAAGGAUCUGGUGUGCAGGAGAAACCAACGGGAUGUUCGUCCGAGCUCUCUUCGACGGAGGGAGCCAACGUUCGUUCAUUACAAAGAACGCGUCCAAACGUCUCGAGUGCAAGACCUUGGGACAGGAGACACUGACCGUCGGAGUAUUCGGCGGACAUCAAUCAGAACGAGUAUUUAACAGGGUACUGGUUUCAUUAACGGCACAAAACGGCAAGAUACAUAAACUUGAAGUUCUUGAAACGGACGUGAUAUGCGAUCAGAAGAUUCCUAUCCCCGAACCCAACCUGAAGAAACUACUCGGGCAAUUGAAGAUGGCCGACUCGACUAAAAACAAGCAACGUGGUGAUAUUGACCUUCUCAUCGGCUCAGAGCACUAG